AUGAAGCGAUAUCAGCAAUCCGGUGAGUCAGUUCAUCAAUAUAUACAAGCUCUUAAACUAUUGUCGAAAGAAUGUAACUUCCAUAAAGUUACAGCAGAACAGAAUGAAAGUGAAUACAUAAGAGACGCUUUCAUAGGCGGACUGGUGUCACCUGUAAUACGUCAAAGACUGUUAGAAAAUAGUACUUUAACCCUAGAUGCGGCCUUCCAGCAAGCUCAAUCACUGGAGUUAGCAGAAAUUCAUAAUCAGAAUUAUCUACGUGACACUAAUCCUGUAAUAAAUAAUACAAAUAACUGUUCUAAUAUUCCAGUUUUAAAGGAUUCUAUGUCUGCUGACAAUAAGAAUACUGAUGUCACCGUUGCUGCAACACCAAAUUAUAGAAAUACGUUUGAGUCUUGUUACUUUUGUGGAGAAAAAAGACAUCCACGAAGAUUCUGUCCAGCAGCCAGUUCAACGUGUCUUUCAUGUGGUAAGAGGGGUCAUUUUGCUAAAGUCUGUCGAAAUAAAUCUCAACGCAACGCAGCUACCUCCAACGAAAAUCAGUCAAUCGAAACACUCUCCUGCAUACUAUCUGCUGCAGAUUUAAGUAAAGCGACUGUUCCUAUUAUUAUCAAUAACAAAAUUAUGGCUAGAGCACUAAUAGAUACAGGCAAUAACAAUGGCCAAGUCAAACCUUAUAUCACAUGUAAAAAGCAGAUGUGCAUUAACUAUAGAAAUACAAAAACAAAAGGUGGAAGUCAAUCUUAUGGUGAUGGAAGGAUUAUGUUCUGA